CAAACACACACACACACUGCCUGAGUCGGUCUCUGUUCCCGGUGAGUCUCCUCGACCUGCCGCCACUCCCCUCCGCCGCCGUCCGGCCCUCCGCGCCGCACAGUUCUCCGUCUCCGCGAACUCCAGUCCCGACCGCUGCCUGCCCCUACCAUGGCGCUCCUACACCUCAUGCUCCGCCGCCCCUCGACGCCGGCAGGCCGCGACCAAAACGUCGGCGCUCUCCCCCGUCCCCUGCUCUUCCCAGCGUCUGCCCCGGUCGCGCCCUAAGCCCGCCGCCGCCCCCACUCCUCCACCGCUCCUGCCCAGCCAUCCACCAUCAGAAUCAGAGAUCUCCUGCGCCGACCGCCAUCAAAUCUUACUCCCGAAUCCCGGACCUCGAUUAACUCGAGCGUUCGCCGCGGGUCGAGCACGAUGUCCUCCAGUUCGGCCACUCCAGUAUCAAUUAUCAAGCUUUUCUCCGCCUCCUGCCGGCCCCCGCCUCUCCGGUGCGGCCCUGAUGCCGCCACCGCCGACUGGGUCCUCCUGGAGCCGCUGGCGUACGUCGCUGACCGCACCAACGCCACCACCGCCGAAGCCAUCUCGAGCACCGGCUACACCAUCCAGGCCACCUUCUGCGCCGCCGACCCGCCGGAUGUCUCCUGCGUGUGCAUCCACUGCCCGGGCAUCGAGGAGGCCGACUUCCCGGAGAGGCCCCGCAUAAUCUGCUCCCACAAGGACCUCCUCCUGCUCUGGGUCACCUUCAAAUUCGGCCCCUACGACGAGGACGGGCUCCGCGAGCACUUCGUCUACAAAGCCGGACCCGGGCGGCCGUCACUCCACCUACUCCCAGAUCCCCUCCCGUUCGUCGCCAGAGCCUGGGAGGUCGGCCUCGUGCCCCACGGCGACGACGGCCAUUUCCUGCUCGCCGCCCUCUGCUUCACGCAGACGCCUUGGGUCUACGACCUCUCUUCUCGUCUACGUCAUGGGCUUGGAGCACCAAGGUGGCUUCAGCAGACAUGCCAGACAAGGUAAAUCCUCGGACGCAACCAGAUGUAUGUGAUUCACAAGGUGAUUUCGCUUGGAGGAGGCACACUGGGCUGGGUCGAUCUCUGGAGGGGGAUUUUGCUCUACAAUGUGCUCGACGAGGUGCCUGUGGUGCAGGUGAUUCAGUUGCCUAUGCUGAUGCCUGGCAAUAAGGCUGGUCUUGGAGUAUGUCCGUGGAACAUUCGCGACAUUGCGUGCGGCGAUGGCUUGAUUAAACUUGUUGAGGUGGAAACUUAUGAAAGACCGGUUGAUGAUGAAACGGCAUAUCAUGAUGACAUGCUUGUAGUUUAUGAUUCAGAUCUUUUGGCAGAGCAGCCGGUGCGGGACAAUGUUGGUUGGAGGAUCAUAACGUGGUAUAGGAUGACUUCUUGGAACUAUUGGCGUAAGGAGUGCAUGCAUCAUGAUGAGGAAAUAUCCGUUGACCACUCCAGGCAUCAGAUCGGCGAUGGAGGCGGAGAAUUAUUAGCUUUGAAGAAUUUGUCUGCGUCUUUCCCUGUUCUGAGCUUAAACUGUCACUGUGAUGAUACUGUUUACCUGCUACGUAACUUGAAAUCUGACACUCAAAAGAUAUGGUUGGUCACUGUUGACCUGAAGAUGAAGCAGCUGAUAAAUCUGGCACCGUUUUCUAUCGGAGGAUAUUUCAGUCCAGCUUACCCAUGUCAGUUAUCCAAAUAUCUGAAAGGCACUCUAGCUUCUGCUGGGUCACGCAGUUAAGAAAUACUACAAAUGCUGCAUACAUGGCAACAGUGAGUAACACAACUCAUUUUAUUUCAAAGCAGUGCUAUCACACAGUUCUCCUUGUUCUAUGCUAUGCAUCCUUGUGGGUGGGUCAGAUCCCUGUGAAACUGAGCACCUAAGGCAAGUCUGUUCAGUCAUUUUAUUCUUAGACUUGCUCUAUGAAAGGCUAAGUACAGUUUUCUUUUCACGAUCACUUGUAAGGGGGGAGGGGGUUUAUAUAACUUCUACAGGCAAGAUACAGAUUACAGGAGGAAGCUAUGUGCAGGGUUGGUAUGCAUCUAUAUGUAUAUCUGCUGAUUGGUAGAUUUUCCAAGCUCAACUAGUUAUUUUACCCGGUUAGGGUCCUUCUGGACCCAUCUCCUGGCACAAAAAAUUAGUUAUUUUACCGUGAUGUCUUCAGAGCUUCUAUGUUAUUGCGGGUUUUCAGCUCUUGACAUGGGCCUCAGGUAUCCAGCAGCUACUGGAUUCUGGCGUGGAUGCUCUGUAUGGUGGCGAGCUGCAGGCUAGAAUUAGCUUUGCGUGCAGUGGUUUGCUAUGUCAGUCCUACAUUAAUCUUGGGCAAUAUUGCAGACAAGUGAGGCAAAUAGGCUUGUGCUUAUGCAAGGGCCACAGCUGAGGAGCACAUUGCAAUGGAUGUCUUCGACGCUGUGAGAGGAUGGCGGCCGACUGCUCCAUGAUUCCGGGUUUGCCAUGCCAGCGUAGUUCCGAAUUUGUAAUUUAACCGUUUGUUUCGGCAGAUACGUUGUGUUUCUUUCCUGCUCUGCUGAACCUAUUGUAGCUGGUGUUGGUUUCUACUGUAUUAACAAU